AUGACCAUGAAUCAGAGCCUUGAAGAACCACAGGCCACAGUUUACAUGCACACUGUUAGUUGUUUUCCCCUAGCCCUUAUAAAUCCACCAAGAGCACCCUUUGCAUCCUUCACUGGAACUCAUACUGUGACACUUGGUUGGAAAUUAGCCAACAUCUCUGCAGUGAAAUAUAUUAUCCAAUGGAGAAGUUUCACUUCCCUGGAAGCUGGAGUUUAUACUGAGGAACAAUACCAAUUAAUUUCAACUGGAGUUGAUUCCAUUACUCCACUUCACUUAGCUUGGUCAUUCAUUUCUUCAACAUUUAUCAGUGUCCAUGCCCCUGUAAAUGAUCCAGUCCUGUACCCUCAUACUGAGUAUGUCUUUCCAGUAGUUUGGAUCAACACGGCUCAGUUGCAGCUGUAUUCUCCUCCCAGAUACAGCUACAGAGGUGAAUUAGAAGGGGAAAAGACUGGAGGCUGGGUACCAGUUAGGAGGGUUUUUGAAAUAAACCAAGUGUACGAUGGUGAGUGUUUUGAUCCCACCAAAAAUGCAGUCUUACUGCAAGUUUCUGGAAAUAUUCACAGUUCAAAUUUGAAUACUGUGGAGGUUGGGGGUGUGUCUUCAGAAUUCUCAAGUGGACCCAUUACUGGUUAUAACUUACUAGCCAGUGAAAAUCAGAAAGUCAAUUCAGGAAAACAGAGAAACAGUUUCCAGUUCUAUUCUACUAUACUAAAUAACAAAAAAUCUUUAAGAAAGAUAUCUCUUAAAUAUUUAGUAGAUGAAACAUACUGUCUUCUGGCAGAUGCUAUAUAACACAAUAUCACAGAAAGAUUGGUUAAUAUCUAGCAGCAGGUUGUUUAUUUAUCUGAAAGAAAUCUCAUUUGGGCAAAAGAGUCUGCCAACAUGUCAGAUGUGUCUGACCUGAAUAUUUUUUUAGAGGCCUAAGGAUGAAUUACUUCCAUCUCAGUAGCUUAGCUCUAUCAAAGGAGGUAUUCUAUCAUGAAUAAAAGGGAUUUUGUUUUUUCUAUGUUUUUACCAUUUGCCUUCCUGGGGCUGUGGAUAGGGAGGUAUAUCUUUCAUCUCCUGAGCAAUAACAUUUAUAGAACAAAUCUCCCUAGGUCCCCUGUUCAGGACCCUAAAGCAUUAAGAUUGGGAAAAGCCCCAAACUUAAAGGACUUUGUGGUCAGUUCCCAGUCCAAGUUAGUCAUUUGCUCCAAACACACCACAGAGGCUUUUAUGUCAAGGAUUCUGGAUGGCUCAGCUUUCUACUGCCUGGUACCUCAGGUUUCCUUUGCUGAUGUGAGUUUAGAUUGAGAAAACAGGGAAUUCAUUGUCACAGAUGGUAGGACAGUUUUCUAAAAAGACUUUCAGACUUUCAAUGAGUUCAUUGUAAAAUAUGACUUGAAUCACAUGAAGGAAUUUAGAUUUGGCAUCUUGGUCUUUCACAAUCCAUCCACCCAGCUUUAUCCCUUGCCAGGUUCUCCCCAGCAACUCACAGUGCUAUUUGGUGGUUCAUACCAAGCUAUUGUUCACUGGAAGCCAUCAGGACCUACUAAAGGGACUAAGCAGAACCUAAAGAAAUUCUAUUGUGGAGAGUCAAAAGUGACCGAUUAUGCAAAUGGCCAUAUCAAAGAGCCACAAUUUAUUACAUCUGUGAAAGAGAAUGGACUUAGGAGUCAGCUAUUAAAUAGCUUUGGCCCAGAAGAAUCCUUGACUUCCAAUAUGAGGAAUGUGUCAGACACAAACUGGUAUAACAACAGCCUCUACGAAAGCAACAUUCAAGGACAUGUUUAUAUGUUGUUCUCAUAUCAGAUGCCUUCUGCUACUAUUUCCUCCUUCAUCUAUGUCUCAUGCAAAGAAGUGGUCUUAAGGUAUGGCGAAGACAUAGAAAUUGUGACUUUUGUCAAAGCUUCAGUCAAUGACAUGAUGGUAGAUUCUGUCAGUGGAUUUAUUUAUUGGAUCAUAACAUAUUCCUUGAAGAGCACCAGACUGAAUGGAGAGUUCCCUUAUAUUACUGGUACAUUCAUGUUUUUCUGGAAAAAGGUGACUUCCUUCACUGUGGACCUCAGUGAUGGCAUUUUUUAUUGUGUUAUAGAAGACAAUUAGUGUUUGUUCAUCACAGAAUUUGCAGCAUGGGUUCCUUCAAAAAUAUUCUAGAAUGUACUGAAGUAUCAGAGUAGUUAACUCUUUUGAAUGAAUGAUUUUAGGUUCAUCAAAGCCCAAGAAAUAGGUCAGGGAACUAGUGUCUCUAUUUAUGCUUGCAAAUAUAAUCAAUUCACAGUUGUCAGGAAGUCCUUCAAAUCUCACCCAGGAAACUUUUCUUUUACACCUAAGGUGAUCCCUAGUUUCAUGCAAGAAUUUUCAUUUUGGAUGGAAAGGAAUGAAGAUGCCCUAUUUAAUCUUUCUUGACAUACCUAUUGGGGAAAGGGACCCAAAUCAUCUGUAUCUCUUUGAGAACCUGAAUCAGGUACACGAGUACCUGAAAUUCCAAGCUUACUUAUAUUGCAAAGCAGCAAAUUGACCCACGCAAAAAAGACAUUCAUAGAUUGGAUUACUGUGAAUGUAACUCAUCAAGUUAUGGCAUUUUAACUUGAGGAAGUGAGCCCUAGGUAUUGUUCAGUUCCAGGAAUGAGAAUUGAAGAAUGUGGUAAUAAUAUCUUGCAGAUUCCUCUCCCACAUCUCAUAACACUUGUUGGCAAUAAUAUGGUUUCAAUGGAUAUGGACCCAAAUGAAAUCAUGUGGAUUUUUGUGUCAAGUGAGCUAAGUGCAAUAGGCUAUACAACUGAUAGUGAGCAAAGUUAUUUUCUUUAUCUUCUGAACAGGCACACUCUUUCAAGAUUUGAGAAGCAGUGUUUCUUCUCACAAAUAUUUAGAGCAUCAGAUUUGUCUCCACAUGAAUUAAGAAAGAUAUUGCAGUGUGCUGUGCUGAGAAGGAUGCUGGAUUGGAAUCAGAGACCUAGACUCAAUCGCUUGUAUUGGACAGAAGCCUCUGCAAUGGGAUGCCCAAUUUUCUACUACAAUAUUGUAAAUGACAUGCUACACCAUAUUCUGCAGGAUAGAACCAUCUCCCCUCAGAAAGAGGAAAACUAGUGCUCUAGCUGUGGUACUGAACCUGAGUUAAAUGGAGCUAUGACUAUUGAUACCUCUAACCCAAAGAAGUCGCAGAUAUGCUUUCUCAGAAGGAUUGAUAUGUGAGCCAUGGAUCUGGAAGGAUGUGAAUGCUUCAAAGUUACCCUAAUCUUCAUGCUUAAGUGUUCAUGGACAGUUUCUAUAUUGGACUAUCAUGGCAGAAGCCAGCCCCAUGCUGAGAAAUGAAGUGGUGCCAUUGUCUCCCAAGUGUUUGCUCCAAGGUAAAAGCAGAUUUUGACUUAUAGUCCAGUCAUGAAGCCUCUUCCAGAAGCCAUUGACUUCAUUAGAAAAACAGUGCUCUCAAAUACCAAGUUCACAGUAUCCUGGAGAGAACCUUAUAAGCUAAAUGGUCCUGCAGAAUCAUGCCAUCAAAUUGCAAUCACCCAUCUGUCUCAAAUUCCUGAAACUCCCUUAAAUCAAAGUAAACUUCUGAACGAAUGGCUUUCACUCUAUAUUACUCAUUCUUAUAGUUCUUGCCUGUCACCCAGAAGAGAUAUCAAGAGUAACUUUGAGGUUGUUAAAACAGUUGGCAUGCUAAGGAAAUUUUACAUAAUGAUUCUGGGAAAUACCAGUUUGCAAUUAGACUAGAGACCUCUGGCUAAUGCUGACCUCAUCAACUUUUGGUUUGAAAUUCAGAAGGCGAGGAAUAUCACUUGUGACCUUUUAUGCAUACGUUUAUUUUUCAACUUAGAAGAUAUUGGGAGGAAAGCUGUCUGCACACAGGCACUCUACACUUGCAUCCUCAUAGACCUGCAUCCACACACAGUCUAUGACGUCUAUGUUGUGGUGGCUUAUGUAACAGGAGCAACAAGACAACCACAUGCAAUUAACGAACACAUGCAGCCUCGGAUACUGCCAGUAUGGAGAGCUCAGCAAACCACAUUGGCUCAUAGGAAGGGGAGUUGGAACAAUUCACAGGAAUGGGGCUUAGCAUGGAAGGUGGCAUUUAAUGGGUCCUGUGGGAGUAUUUGCAUGUGGAAGUCAAAGGUCCUGGAAGAAAUAUAGUUCUGAGUAUCAGCAACAAACAGCCUGGGGUUUGGUGAAUACAAUGAUAUCAGAGAUAAGAUUUCAUUGGUUCAAGCUCUAAAGAAAGGCUCAACAGACCAGGAGAAGGCUGACUUCCUGAAGAAGCCAUACCUGAUGAGCAAGUCUGUUCAUUCUAAUAUUCUGAAACAAGUCAAAAAUUUGUUCAGUGAAUCCCAAUAUAUUAUUAUCUGGGAACUGAUGGAAGGAGGAGCCCUUCUCACAUACUAAUGCAAAGCACACACAACAAUGUUCUGAGGUCUUGCUCUCUCUUUGCAUGACCUCAUGAACAUCUGUGUAGAUAUUUCACAAGGCUCUGUCUACUUAGAACAACUGCACUUCAUCCACAGAGAACUGGCUGCUUGGAACUAUCUUUUGUCAAUGAAACUCUAUAUGAGUUCAUCCCAGAUAGGGAGAAGUGGGGACUUUGGACUUGAUAGAGACAUUUAUAAAAAUGAUUAUUACAGAAAGAGAGGGGAAGGGCUACUCCCAGUUCACUGUAUGGCUCCAGAACUGAAUGAUGGAAUAUUUACUACCUCCUCAGAUAUUUGGGCUUUUGGAAUUCUGAUUUGGGAGAUGUUAACUCUUGGUCAUUAGCUUUAUUUAGCUCAUUCCAAUUUUGAUGUUUUAUAUUAUGUGUAAUCAGGAAGAAUAUUGGAGCCACUGAGAAAUGAUUUCAGAAUUUUUAAAAAUUCAGCAGGUCAAGGUGGUGAUGUAGGUUAUGCUGAUUUAAUUGAUAUACCUUCAAUAGCUUUCAUGGAAACCAAGGACAAGAAAGGCCCAAAUUCCAUGGUAUUAGCUAAAGAAUGAACGCAAGAUCAACCAAAUUCAGAAAGUCCUCUUAACUCAGUAGAAAUGAGAUCCUUUGACCUUAGGAAAGAAGAGAAGGAAUCAUACACAGACAAAGAAAUCUGCCAAGAUAAACAAGUGGCUUACUGCCCUCUUCUUGGCAAGCCUGAGAACAUGAACUAUCUUCAUCUCACAGUGAUUGUGAAGAUGGGCCCAAUUAAUAUCAGCUACAUUUGGGAAAUGUGGGUUUCAAGAUACUUAGUCCCAUUAAUCUGGGACUUAAUGAAAGCUUCAAUUCUAGCAGACAGGGAGGAGUCGUGA